AUGAAACUACCGAUAGGAGUUUGCUAUUUACAAUUAAUUGCGAUUGCCUAUGGUGUCAGUGUUUUAAUGGGCGCACCAUUAUUCAGCGACAUGAUACGAACAUUAGGAUUCAGUAUUUAUAUUGUUUUGAUUGGUUUUACACCAGUUAUUAUUAGUUUAAAAGGAGAUUUAAAUGAAAUUUAUAAUUUCCUAUUUCGAAAUGAAUUUUAUUUAUUAAUUUCAACAUCGAGAAAAUUUUUCUACAUGAGAAAUUUAGUUUGGGGAACAAUGUUGGGUGCAUGGCUAGGUGCAAUACCAAUUCCAUUAGAUUGGGACUAUUUCUCGUUUAAAUAUUUUACUCUUUUCUUUUAUCCCGCGGCUCAUUUAACACCAAGUCAAGAACGUGAAUUGCAUGAAGCUUUCUAUGCUGAUCAUUCGGGUCGUAUAUCAAAAUCAGAGCUAAAACAUGUAAUCACUGCAUUAAAUAUUAAAGUUAAUGAUCAUGAAUUAGAGAAAUUAUUAUCUCAAAUGGACACGGAUCAUAGUGGUGAAGUUGAUUUUGAUGAGUUUAAAACAAUUAUGGGUACAUUCUAUUUUAAAAAAUAUUCGAAACAAGAAUUACACGCAGCAUCUAAAAAAUUUGACGAAGACGGUUGUGAAUAUAUAACAGCAAAUGAACUCAAUCAUUUGUUAAAUCAUUGGCUACAGAUAGUGAUGGAAAAUUUUCAUUUGAGAAAUUCAGUCAAGUAUUUGAUUGAAGAGUUAUAA